AUGCCCAGAGACGACCUUUCCAUCGAUUUCAACAAGAACAUCAACAUCAUGCCCCCUCCAAUCGAGCAUCUGGACGCCGCCGCCACCCUCGAAGAAUUUAUCAACCGAGCCGCGAACCUGCCGAACGAGGUCGCCUUUAUGCAGGAGGAGAUAACUGAGAAGGACCGCCAGAUGCAGGAGUGUCUGCGCAUCAUCACUAGAAACGAUAACAAGAUCCAGAAAUGGAUAGGAGAUAACGGCACUACUGUUGUGAACCCCAAGGAAGACCAGUUGCGCAAGGUCAUCAAUGAGAACUACGACAAGGCGAAGAUCCUCAGCGACGAGAAGAUCACGUUGGCCACCAAGACCCAGCUCAUCGUCGACAAACACGUUCGGUACCUUGAUGGCCACAUCAAAGCUCUCCAAGAUAGAGGGGAGCUAUCGAACGAUCCAGAUCUACCUUCCCUCUUGAAACCUCAACCUCAAAAUCCGAUAGUUAUUGCUCGCCCAGAGCCCAGCACCGUCCCAAUGCCUUUAAACACCAUCGCCAACCCACCUUCCAUACCACAUACUCGACACCCGAACCAGUACCCAGUCCGUCCUACUGCCGUAGCUCAAGCCCGCCAGUCAACCGGCCAAGCCACACAUUCCGCCCCUGCUACACCAGCUGCGGCAAUACUACAGAGCCGACCGGCGAGAGAGUCUUCACUUGGUGCUGCAAGCAAAAGACAACGCCUGACAGGAGGACUUGGACCUCUACCACCCAGCGGUCUAGCCCGCCACUCGUCGAUGACUCCAGGCACACCGAGAGCAGGAACGCCAUCCGGAGGUAGAGCCGGCAGCGCCGGCCCUCGCUCGUCACAAAAGACCGUCGCCACGAAGAAAGCAGCGCCUGCAGGGAGCAGACAAAGCGGGGUACUGCGGAAAGGCAAGCCCGCGAAAUCCGGUCUUAGCAGGCUAAAGCGCGCCAACAAGAACUCCCCAUCUUCCACCAACGACAGCGAGCUCAGCGACGCCGAGUCCGGUACCGGAGAAGAUGACGAUGAGGCUGUUACUCCUCCCGGCGGUCGGCAUGGUGAUGGAGAUGAGGAAAUGCUCGAUCUAGAUGAUGAUGAAGGUGCAGACGACAAGAAAUAUUGCUCAUGUCAGAACGUCAGUUUCGGAGACAUGGUGGCGUGCGAUAAUGAUAGCUGUCCCUUCGAAUGGUUUCAUUGGAGCUGUGUUAGCCUCAAGAGCGAGCCGAUUGGGACCUGGAUAUGCCCUGAUUGUACCAAGAGUAUGAAGAAAUAG